AGAUGGAUCCACCAGCUCUGCACCCCCUGGGUUCCACUGACUCUUCAGCUGGGAAGGGGGUGGCGGCGAGGAGUCCGCUUGAGUUGCUGACAGUUGACCGCACUGGCGCGUGCCAAGUUUGGGUGGCAGCGUGCGCGCCCAACUACAAUGACUAUCCGUUCCAAACGGGCAUGGGCAUUUUCUUCGCGAAAGACCACCCUUGGAAUCGAGGGCAAGUGCUUGACCAAAAAUAUUGGCAGCAUGAAAAAACUGGCUUCUUUGUGGCAGCAGCCAUGGCCUUUGAUAUUCUAAGGGAGGCAGGAAUCAAAAAAGUCUGUCUGCACACAUCAUCCAGGUCGCUCAUAUACACGAUUGAAUCCAACUCAGCUAGAAAAUUUCCAAAGGUCCUCUUCAAUAUGUUCGAAAAAUAUUUGAGUGAUUUGUUGAAGAGUAUGACUGGACUUGUUGUAUCUACUUUCCAGGAGUCUCUGUUUUCAGCUAAACAAGCUGCUGCUGGAAGUUUGGCGUACAAGGCGAACCACAAGAAUUGCUGGUAGCAAUAAAGAGAGGAUAAAAAUUGCAAUAAACUAAUU